AUGCGAAUAUGUCGUGCUCCCCGGGAUUGGUCACUUUUGGCUCUUCAAAACAUAAGAACCGGAAAAUCUCAUUAUUUAGUUAUCUGCAGAUGUCCUAACAAGGGACGAUUAGAAGGGCCAAUGAGUCACGAUCAACCGGCAUAUGCCAGCGUACCUGGCAUACGAGUCUACGGUAUGAUGUGUAUUAGGGACUCGUAUAGAAUAAAUAGAUCUUUCCGUUACAGGAGAUCCAUUAGAGGUAUUUAA